AAAAUAGCCUUCCUUUUUCGUUUCAGAACUUCACGUUCACGCGCUGUUUCAGUGGACAAAGUCCUCCCAGUUUGCGGCCGCAGGAAAGCGAUGGACACGGACGCUCGCGGAAUUGGAGACUGCAGCGCAUCCCAGUGGACACGUCAGGAUAGCACCCGCUGCAGCACCGUCUCACACGAGCAUCCCACGCUCAGCUUCCACGCCCACAGAGCCGCGUGAACAUGGCGUGGGUGAAGUUCCUGCGGAAGCCGGGCGGCGGCCUGGGGAAGGCCUACCAGCCGGGGAGCCUGCUGUCGCUGGCGCCCACCAAGGGCCUGCUCAACGCGCCGGGCCAGAACAGCUGCUUCCUCAACAGCGCCGUGCAGGUGCUGUGGCAGCUGGACAUAUUCCGGAGGAGCCUGCGGGCCCUGACCGGGCACGUCUGCCAGGGCGAGGCCUGCAUCUUCUGUGCGCUGAAGACCAUGUUUGCUCAGUUUCAACACAGCCGGGAAAAGGCCCUCCCGUCGGACAACGUGCGGCGCGCCCUGGCCGAGAGCUUCCGGGACGAGCAGCGGUUCCAGCUGGGCCUCAUGGACGACGCGGCCGAGUGCUUUGAAAAUAUCUUGGAGAGGAUCCACUUCCACAUCGUGCCCAGCCGGGACGCGGACAUGUGCACCUCCAAGUGCUGCGUCGCGCACCAGAAGUUCGCCAUGACGCUGUACGAGCAGUGCGUGUGUCGUAGCUGUGGGGCCUCAUCAGACCCUCUGCCUUUCACAGAAUUCGUGCGGUACAUUUCGACGACAGCCCUGUGCAACGAAGUUGGAAGAAUGGCGGACAGGCAUGAGCGCGUGAGGCCCGAAAUGUUUGCGGAAUUGUUGCAAGCAGCGAAUACCACGGAUGACUAUCGCAAGUGUCCCAGUAACUGUGGCCAGAAAAUAAAGAUCCGCCGCGUCCUGAUGAACUGCCCGGAGAUCGUCACCAUCGGCCUGGUCUGGGACUCCGAGCAGUCGGACCUGACCAGCGACGUGGUUCGGAGCCUGGCCACGCACCUCUCCCUCCCCGGGCUUUUUUAUAGGGUUACUGAUGAAAAUGCCAAAAACAGUGAACUUCACCUCGUCGGUCUGAUCUGCUACACCAGCCGGCACUACUGUGCCUUCACAUUUCACACCAAGAGUUCCAAGUGGGUGUUUUUCGAUGACGCAAAUGUGAAAGAGGUGGGAACGAGAUGGAAGGACGUGGUGUCCAAGUGCCUCCGGUGCCACUUCCAGCCCCUGCUGCUGUUUUACGCCAACCCCGACGGCACGGCGGUUUCCACCGAAGAUGCACUCAGGCAGGUCGUCAGCUGGCCACAUCAGAGACCCGGGGUGGAAAAUAUGGGAUCUGAAAGGCCCUCGAUUUAUAAGUCAGAUAAUCCCAAAGAGAAUGGAUUUGGUGAUCAGGACAAACAGAGAGAAAGUCAGAAAUUUCAAACAGAUGACAUUUCAUCCUUCGGUCGGAGCCACAUCCCGGCGAGCAGAGGCCGAGGAGCAGCUAAGUCGGGACCCAGCGACACCCGCGAGAAGAUGAAGGGCCUCUCCAGGGAGUGUGCCCUGAAGGCGCUGGAGCAGAGGCGCCUCCUGAGCUCGCAGAAGAGGGACGCGGGUCGGCACCGAGAUGUGCUGGAUGAAGACCUUCCACGCGUCAAGUCCAGAUCACCGCCUGCCCCAAACGGCUUCCGACAAUACAGCAGUCGCCCCGCGUCCCCCGGUCAGGGGCGGGGGACAUGUGGCCAGGACCCACCCACCCAGAGCCGGGCGUCUGCGCAAGUCCCCCGUGCGGGGAGGCCCCAGGCUCCUGGUCUGGGGGUGCAGGGCGACAGCGGCCCUGGAUACGAGACAGACAGCAGCCUGGACUCUCGGGGUAAAGGCAGCAGCCGCCACAGCAGGAGCGGGAGCCGAGGCUGGAAGCCCAUGAGAGAGACCCUGAAUGUCGACAGUGUCCUCAGCGAGAGUGAGAAACGGCAGCACAGCCCACGGCACAGGCCGGGCGCCAGUCACACGCCCAGAUGCAGGGACCAGAGCCCCAGCAGCUGGCCCCAGGGGCCGCCGAAGCAGAAGUGCUUGAUGACCAUCUACGAGGAUGAAGCGAGGCCGGAGCUGGGCAGCAGGCGUUCCCCCGACGGCCCGGGGAAAGGCCUCGCCGAGACGGGCGUCCCUGGGGACGCCUGGCAGGGGCAGAGGACCGAGUCCGGCAGCGAGAGCAGCGACCACGUCAGCAGCGGAGCCGCCAGCCUGGACUCGCCGGGUGUGGACGGCGCCGGGACCGCGGAGCCCCCCAGUGACCGGAGUAAGACAAGCAACCAAAGUACAGAACGUGUGAACUGUGCCUCCCAGCAGAGUGAAAACCACCUGGAAGGCUGCAGAAAAGAAUUCAAGAACUUGGAAGUAGGCUGUAAGUCUCAUGACCCAGAAUCACAUCCACAAAUAAAAAACCCUGUGAUGAAAAGGUCCCGUGGACGUGACCCCAGCGGGAAGCUGCUCACUGCGUCGGGGCCACAGGUCCUCCGGGGCCUCCCAGCUGGUGAGCAAACCCUGUCAGGGGAGCAGAAGCCUGAACACGGCAGCGAGAGCCAGUUUCCCGCGUGGCCAGAUGGAGGCAGCUCCGAGGGGGCAGGUGGGCUCUCUCACACCGAUGCCAGUCCUGCUUCUGGAAUGAGAACGAACAGCGAUGACUUCGCACCAGCCUCGGUCUGCAUGACCGACACGUACAGGCUCAAGUACCACCAGAGGCCCAAGCUCUGCCUCCCCGAGCGCUCCGGCUGCGGGAGCGAGAACCCGGCCCCUCCGGGCGCAGGAGGCCUGGGACCUGUGCUGCCGGACAGCCUCGGGGCAAGCUGCCCUCCUGAGCAAAGACACAAACCCAGUGUCCACUGUGAUAGAUGA